AUGACGGACAAUCCCAACCUUGCGUGCAACAAUAGUACCUGGAUUACCCAAUGGAUUGACCAUUCAAAUCAUAGUCUUGGGACAUUCCAACAACAAGUCCAAGUGGUCACGGACUUUUAUAAGCCUGGAGGCCCAAUCCUUCUAUUUCAGGGCGAAGAGUCUAUUGCGAUGAUCUGCGUGUUAGGUGGGAUUGCUGCAGCUAUCGAGCACCGAUAUUUCGGUAACAGCACCCCUUUUGGCCCUGACCAGUCCUAUACACAAAAAGGGUUCCGGUACCUCACACUCGAUAACAUUAUGGAUGAUACUGCCCUGUUUAUCGAGCAAAUGCAAAAAAACAUCUCCGGAGCUUCCAAGAGUCCCGCUAUUGUUGCAAGCGGCUCCUACGGUGGCUUUCUAGUGACUGCUUUGCGUCUCAACAGACCUAAUUCUAUAUAUGGGGCGAUUGCCGCUGCUCCACCCAUUCUUGGCUUUCUUACCGGGGAUGGAAACGUUGCUGAGCGAUUCAAUUGGUGGAAUUGGAUCUCGAAUGCUGUCUCUGAUAAGUCUGCUGAGGCUGCUUCUGUCGCUAAAAAGGCAUUCACUACCCUUCAGCAGGUUCUUCAAUCAGGUAAGUCUCUUGAACCUUAA